AUAGCAGCAGCAGGAGCACAGACUUGUUUCACUGUGAUUUAAACGGGUUAUUUUAUUCAUUGCGAUUUGAGAAAGAGAUCAGGCAUAAUUUGGCCACUGGUUACGCGCUGGGACCCGAGGAGAGAGUAGGAGCAUGACACGUUUAUUUUUUUGGUUUCUCCAAAAUGCAAAGGUUUUCUGAAAUGUCUUGAACAGUCUGUGUGAUAUCUCAUUACGAUUCCACUCAGAUUAGGCUGUGUUCUAUCGAUUUUAAAAUGGACAGUGACAGUGACAUGGAGAACAAAAAGGAUUAAUUAAAUUAUUGAUGGAAUAGUUGGUUUAGGCUACAUUAGGCGUAUCGAACUUGACGCACAAACAAGCAAUAAUAGAAAUAGUUAGACUAUUAUGUAUUAUUAUUAUGUAAUAAUAGUUAAUGAUUAUGCAUUGUACAACAUGUUUCACGCCAUGACACUUCAUUUUGAUAUAGAAAUACCUGGUCGAACGCAUUGGUUCUCGCUCUCAAAUGUUAGUCCCAGAUCUGAAUAAAAAAAUAUUCAUGGUUAGGGAAACUUCUCUGUUAGAGCAAAAUGGCGUACAACUAGUGGCCCAUGCUGCAGAAACCUUGAAAUUGGUUAGAGAUGGCAGGAAUAGCGUUGCGUCUUCACAAGGGAGAGUACGGUAGCAUCCAAGGGGUGUACACAUGAUGCGUUGAAAGAGGAGGUAGUUCUUCAUUUCAAUCAGUUGUGUGUUGAGUUCUGUCUAUUUUUCAUUUCUUUUUCGGGGAGAGGGGGGAAGAAUGAAAGUGGUCUUCCAACAAAGCGGACGACAUCAUGAACGGCGCACUAUAUAUCUCGUUUUUUCAAGGCCAGCUCGAAUCAGCGCUUGAGCAGGUAGUGCAACUCGCUGUUCAGGAAAUAACCAAGACUGUUGGUGCCACCUUGAAUUCUAUGUUGCUGGAAACAACUGCCAGGGACCAAGAAAACCAACGACUGAGGUUGAAGCUUCAGACUUCAGAGUUUGAAUAUAACAGAGGACAUGGCAAAACUGCCACUUGCAAAGGCGGGAGAGAAACGAGUGUGGCCAGCGAAGAGACAAAGCCGGAGCAACACACCCCCAACCAGAAUCGAGAGCGCAGCAUACAGGGGGACACUCUCAGGAUUGAGCAGAAAGGGCGAGCUGUGGGCCAGCUGAAAGUCGUGAUGGAGCAGGUGCUGGAGUUUGCCGUGACGGAGCUGACCAAGAUCGUGGAGGACAGCUUCGACGACCUGCUCCUGGAACUGACCAAGGUGGACCACGAGAACGAGGCCUUGAACGGGCGGCUGCGGGCGAGCAAGAAGCGCUCCGAGAGCAGCAGCAGCGGCAAGAGCGACGGCAUGCCCGACGUGCUGCACGGGGUCGCCACCAUGAAGAAGGAGGCGGACAACGACUCGGACUCGCCCGGCAGCUCGGAGGGCACGCGGCCGGAACCACCCAGGGGCCGAGAACGGGCCGCCAAGGUCACCCGGGCAAAGCAGCAGGCGUCCAACGACAGCACAAAUGCGGAGGCGGACAAGCAGAAGGUUCUGGCGGUGGCGCAGGACUGGGUGCCCAUCCUGGACAAGGUGUUCGGCCAGAAGUGGUGCAGCGACGCCUGGCACAUCAAGGAGGCGGUGAAGGCCGAGGGCAGCGCCGAGCUCCAGCUCGAUCUCGGCCCGGUCCAGGGCCAGAUGUCCCACAUGGACGCCCUGAUCCGCGAGGCCCUGGAGCCCAGCUGCCCGGUGGGCCAGAGGCUCGCGGGCACGGGCCAGUCCGAGUGGCUGCAGCCGGAGGACCUGGAGGUUCUGUCCCCGCACUCGGAACCGCAGGGUGUCGGAGUCGCAGUGGUCAGUCCCACAGAUGGCGUUCCUGAUCUGUCGUCCCCCUCCAUGCUGCACAGACUGCUGACACUCCCCUCUCAGCUGCUAGAGGGCGACGAGGAGUCGAUGGAGGGACUGCCUGUCCUCUCGGAGGCUCCAGCCGACGACUCCACCGAGCCCCGGCCAGCAGAGAGCCCUCCUGGGCAGACGACGCCGCCGGUGCUGACUGUGAAAGAGGACGUGGUGGUGGAAGAGGUGGAGGAGAUGGAGGAGGAGGAGGAGGAGGAAGAGGAGGAGGAGGAAGACAAAAGCUCGGACGCGGACCACUGUUUCUCUCCGCGGGGAGGCUCGCGGAGCUCGAGCAGGAAGCCGCACGCGUGCAAGCGCUGCGGGAAGCGCUUCAGCCGGGCGCACCUCCUCAAGGCGCACCAGCAGGUGCACGAGGCGGCCUGCGGCCUCCGCUGCUCCGAGUGCGGCAAGCGCUUCACGCAGCCCUCCCGCCUGCAGGCCCAUCUGCGCACGCACCGCGAGCACCACGCCAGGGGACGACGAGACCCUCAGGAAUGAGGGCGGAGAAGAGAAGCGAAAAUAACAAAACAAAACAAAAAAACAGAAAAAUAAUACAUAUAGGUGAACUUUACAGUGUUUUUUUUUUUUUUUUAUAUCUAUAUGUCUGACUGUGAGUCAUUGUGUGAGUCUCCACACACGGAAAAGGAGAAGAGAGAUGAAGGGAGGGAGAGCAAGAUUAGCAAGAUUUCAAUCCAGCACUCCCAUGACUAGGAAUUGAGCCUUGCGCCUUUUUGAGGCGUGAGUUCAGAAGAAAAUAGCGUUUUUUUUCCCUUUUCUGUUUAGGUACUCUGGAGUUUGAGCCAGAGCGGUGUAAAGGAGUGUGAUACUACCUGCUGUUUCUUUUUCAUAUAUUUUUUUUUUAGUUUUUGUGUGUUUUGUUUUUUUUCGAUCUCAGAAAUUGGAGCCAGCUGAAAUAUCAUCACUGUCACUGACUUCUCGGUGCUGAUGUCACAGGUUGGCAGAUUGGAAUGGCUGGGUUACAGUGGACGCCGUGUGAAAUUCAUGUACAUAUGAGCAUGGGGAUAAUGUUGCCUAACGUAAUGUUACGACAGGCAAUGAAGUGAUUUUUCUUUUUAAGGAAAGGAAGAAAUGUAACUGAGCGCUUACCCCUGAACCCCUCCUACACACACACACCUCACCCUCCCACUCACACACACCCCACCCUCAAAGAAAUGAGGCACUGAGGAUGUACCUGCAUAGUGUAAUAAAUCAAUAGUUGGUUUGCCUUUUGAAAUAAGGAAAUCCCUGUAGGCAGAACAGGUUUUCUUUGGUAAAUGUUAAAGAAAGCCACACUGGUUCAUGAUGUAUUGAGAACCCCAGUGGCUUUUGAUGAUGGGUAAAGUAGCACAGAACGAAAAUGAAUGUGAAUCACUUCUGCCAUCUUCAGCACUAGAGCUGUGACUUACAUUUGAAAAGGCCUCAGUGCCAGUGUAGGGAAGGUUAGCUACCGUUAGCAAUGGACAGAGGCAAGGCCGAAUUGAUUUUUGAUGCCCACCUCUGAAUGUGAUUUUUUUUUUUAGAUUGAAUGAACCAGGGAUUUCUAAUUAUUGACGUACACUUCACAAUCCACUUUCUACAGCCGCCAAUGACACAAAACUUUUUUUUUUUUGUCUUGUAUUGAGCCAAAAAUACCUCAUAAGGAACAGAAUUUCAGAUAUUAACUUGGAUAAAAGGGAAAACCUUUUUUCUUUCUUUGUUAUUAUUUUUUUUAAUAUAAUGUGCUUGGCUACACAGCACAACUGCAUACUGGCCAUGGAUUGGCAUGUGGCCUGCCGUAGCUCUGUGACUUGAACUUUCAAGGACACCACAUCUACCACAGGAACAGCACAACAUUCAUGGUCACUUGUGUACAUUUGUGUACAUUUGUGUACAUUUGACAGAAUCCCCAUACAAGAGACGCUAGGAGAGAAGAGGGGUAAACAAAAAAAUUGAACAUGACUACAAGAAGCUUGAGGAAAUGCUACUGUAUCUUCAGCAGUUAUGAUGACGACGUGUUGCUGUUGUAGACAGUCUUGUUGGUGUAGUGUCAAUAAUUCUGUCCUUCUUCUUUACUUUUGGGUGCUUAGAUAUUUUCUUUUUUGUUAUGUUUUGUUUAGUUUUUUUUUUUUUUGGUAUUUUAUAUUUGUUCAUCUUCUAUUGGGGUGGGGUUAGGGUGCUUACUUUUAAAUCCUGACACUUUCAGGACUUCUGUCUGCCUUUCCACUGGCCUUUCCCAGAGGCAUGCACUCAUUUUUUUUUUUUUUUUUAAACGAAAAAAGACAAAACAAAAUGUCUGCUCUGGGCAGCCUCCUUGGGUUGCGUAGCGUCUUCCUAUUCUCUCUCAAUAUGCUUGGCGUCUCUAUGGAUGUGUGUAGCGUCUUGGCUACAGAGCUUGAGGACCAUAAGCACCAUUGUCCGCAUUGAAGGUCAUGGCUCAACUCGAUUGCACAAGGAAGCUGAAAAUGUGUCUGUUCUGUACAUGAUGGCAAUCUGAUUCAACGACGCAAGGCGAGGGAUUCAAAUAAUGCCCAGUCUACUCAGAGACCACUGGAACAUAGAGGCUUGUUUUCGUUUAGUUUUUCAAAACACACACUUCUCCUGUAUUGACAUAGCAAGGGAUUCAAACAACGUAUUCAUGAUGGGUGUUGAUUCCCAUACACUUGUACAAAACAGGUUUUUAAACUUGUCUUGGAAUCAUACUUGAUAGCAUGUGAACCGUGUUCUUAAACGAUUGUAAGUGUGUGAUUUGGGAAAAAAAAGGGACUGAUCCCUUGUCAGAGAAGGUCUUUUCUUCAACUCAGUCUCCUGUGCUCUGGGCCCACCUCCAGGGUACCUUCCAUAGAUCUGUUAAGAGCUGCACAGGGUUGCAUUCUAAGCCACUGUCACGAGUGCCCUCUUCUUCUUACUUUCUUUAUCUACAGAGCUUUUUGUUGGCAAGCGUAGGAGACACAGGAAGGAUGAAGUCAAUUCCUCUCAAUACCUCAUUUUCAGGGAAAAUAAGACGUCAACAGAGACGUGCAAUAAGAAGAAGAGCAGAUUUUGUUGGUCUUGGUUACAAAAAAAACAACCUCUAUCUCAGUUUACAAGGGCACUCCUUAUAGUGGAUGGGAUCAAACCCUCAUUUUCUAUCUAUACGUUAGUGUAUGAUGUACAUUAACCUGAAUAUGAUUAUCUUUUCUAUAGGUCGAUUAUGUGUCGAUAGCGAUAGAAAUUGUUAUCGGCCUUCUUUUGUGUCAGCUCUGGCAUUAAUAUACAAUAACAGACAGGGCUCAAAGGCUUUUCACUCAGUCGAAAUGGUCACCUUCAACCUUAACCUUGCAACUAGCCGAGUUGUACAUCGCUAGUGCCAGGAACAAGCCGGCAUACUAAGCUAUUCUCUCGUCCUUUCAGCUGGAUUUUCAAACCUUGGAUCAGCGUAGCAGGGCUGCUGCUGACCAGCUUGCGUUUCCUAUGCUGUGUGCUGCGUCCUUCACGUCUCUCCACGAGGCGUUGUUGCUGAUCUACUUCUCUUUGAGCUAAUCUUGUGGAGCCAGAGACAUGUUAGCGUGCUAACAUGUUAGCGUGCACGUUUCUGGACAGGUUUUCGGGUCUAAGAGUGGGCUGCAGUGAAUAGCAGGUCUUAGUGUUUGUGGGAAAGUUCUAAACCAAUUCAGAACCUCAAAGUCGUGUUGUCGAAGGCAUGUGGUGCUUCAUGGAAGCUGUGAGUGUCCUUUAAAGAUUCACCUAACUGGUCUUUAAGCUCCUUGUGGUUCUUUGACAGUCCAGUUUGUGUGUACGCUUAAAAAAUGGUUUGGAUUGAGCCACAUCAGCCAAGCAACAGGAGCAUGGAAGGGAAGGGUAUAAUUUGAUUGGCUGUUGUACUCAAAAAUCAACAACCUUUCAUCAGACUGUAUCUUUAAAAGUUAAGUCAGUGUUUUUAGUCAGAUUGUCACCUCUCUCAAUACCAGCAUCAUCACAGUGAGUUAUGUCCAGAUGUGCACUCUGAUGGCUCCACAAGAUUACCAUAAACACAUCAGUAUAAAUAUAUGGACCAGUUUUACAAUUCCUGUGAUAACUAUAUUGUAUCACCACAUCAGUCCACUGUAUAUAACAUUUUCCUUCUUUUGAUUAUGUUUAGAAGGUAUGUGUGGCACCAUAAUGGCACUAGACACAAAUGCAGAACACCCUGUCAUGUUUCUGAUAUUAUCCACACUGAAUCUAUGCUUUAUGGAGACAUUCUCUGACCAUUGACUCAUUCUAGAAAAGAUCCUUGGAUCACUUAAUACCAACAGAGAGAUCUAUAUGGGGUUGUGGUUCUCCAUAACCUCUUCUGAUUUAUAUAUAGAACUCUUUCUUGGCAGAAAGAUGCCUGAAAAUGUAUGUUUUCAAAGUGUUCGUAAGUGGUUCCCCUUAGAGGAGUACUAUAACUAGCCUAUCUAAAGUUCCUCUGUGGAAGCCUCCAUAGACCCUGUUUUCUCUAUAAAGAACAUUUCAACCCUUUAAACUUCAACCUGAUCUUACCCUUGGUUGGCCAACCAUAAUGGCAACAAAACAACAAAAAACAAACUCCAUUUCUUGGUAAAAAAAAGAAAAAGAAAAAAAUAGUUGGUAGAACGUGAGAGUUCUUUUGAACCUGCUUAUGAAGCCUUUUGUGUAGGUCAUUUCGAACUCUUAGCUUUGCGCAAGUUUUCACAUGAAACUUGGUGAUUCUAAGCAAACAAAUCUUCACCUUGUCUCCAUUGAAGAACCAGUUGAGGUUCUAGUUAGAACCCCCUGAUGAGAAGUUCUGUAAAGAACCAUUGAGCCAUAUCAGCCUUUAAAGUUCUAGGUAGAUCCUAAACAUUCUUCUGUGGGCAUAAGCGGCCACACCUUUCACUUGCAACGCUGUUCCUCUCUGUGUGGCUGAUGUUAGACACGUCGCUGGGUGUCGUUGCUUGUUGAUGAAUGUUCAUAUCCAGUGGUGAAGGGUUUUUCUCUGUAUUCCAUGGUGCCUUUAGUGGCAAUUAGAGGGAAGCUCUUGCCUGUUGUUCAUAUCAUUUGUUGCCUCAGUGUUAUGUAUAGAAAUAUGUAUGCCUCAGACAUCGGUGAUUUUUAAUGCCUUUUUUGUAGAUGAAAUGCAUUCAUGGCUGUGAAUUUUGGCAAAAUAGCAACAAUGCUUUUUAUUUACUCUAUACUAUAGAUGCUUCGUCUAAUGCUGUAGCAUGCAACUCCGCUCAUAUAACUUACUCUACAGUUUUUCUGAACUUAGCUAGGGAGCAAUAGUGUUUUGUACAUUACUUGUGUGUGCGUGGGUGUGUGUGCGCGUGUGUGUGUGUGUGUGUUUGUGUGUGUUUUACGCAUUUCGUUUUCUUUCUUAAGCCAUUCAGCUUUUUGCGUUUUCUAACUGCCCGCUUUUCAACAAAUGCCAAGUAUUAAUGCUAUUCACUUAGUUACUUUUUUUUGUUUUACAGUCGACCACUUGCACUUUCCUACUUCUCAGUUUCUCUCACAAACCGCAGUACCUCAUGAGUCGUGUGAGCAAGAUUUCUUAAUGUGGAAUUGGAUAGUUGAACAGCCAUUACCUCAACAGGUGUUGAUUCCCAUCAGCACGUUUACAUUGGAUGCAGCAUUUGUUUGUGUCCUUACCACAACAGAUGCUACUUUUCAGUUGCAAUGACAUGCAGACUUGAUUAUACCAGGUUUGUUGUUUAUUAGAAGGUUAAUAUUAUGCUUGCUAAUAUUAUGGGAAGACAUGCAUUGGUCUGAUAUCAUUAGGAUGGAUUGAUUUGGCCAAAGACAAACACACUGAUAGUAAACGUAGUGUCUCAAUUAUCCGAUUCCAGAGAUAUGACUUUUAUUAAUUUUGGCUAUUUGCUGAAAAUGGGCUGAAGAUGUUACCGUAAAAAUGAUUCUUUUUCUUUGGAAUAAUUAAACCCUUAAACCAAAUUUGCACAUUGGACAAAAAAUCAGGGAAUGAUUAAACAAUGAGGGAUUUUAACAGUAGCCUAGUCAUUUUGUAGGUUUAGUUGAAAUUGUUUUGGAUUUGUAUAUUUUGUUUUUACUUUGUCAGUUGUUUUCAGAUUUCCUCUGCAAAGUUCUUGAGAACGUCAGUCUGACUGAGCCUGAUUUAAAUUGUCAAUUUAUUUCAUGUUUCAUGAGCAAGAUGUGACCAGUUUUUGCUGAAUUCACAAUUGAAAUAUUUUUAGAUUUGAAAUCCCCUAAAGGUGAAUUGACUAUGCACAGAUUUGAUUAGACACUUUGCUAGAUUUUGCCAAAUCAUUGAUCAUGAAUGAAUGUUUUAUUCCCAAAUACAAGAGCUUCUUCCAAGCUUAUUUUUUCCCAUUUGAAGUAUGGGAGGACUCUAAAUGCUCCCUCAGUCGUGUUCGAAGUAACAUUGCCAGAACAGUGUAAUUAUGUAGGCCUUAUGUCUUCAUUUUAUACAUGUUAGAUGAUGGAAAUGGGUACUUACUGUAAUAAAAUUAAACAACAAUAAACCAAAAUAUGUUAACAUAA